CCAAUUUGGUACAUUAAUAUCAUACAUACACCAUGAGAUAGCAUAUGAAUAUAGUCAAGCAUAGUAAAUGCGUGUUAUUAAAAAAACGUUACUUCAUUUUCAAUCAAUGUUCUACUGGCCCUUAUCGCUUGAUAUUUUAUUCCAUUUCAUUUUUGUGGCUGCUAAUUUGUUCCAUUCAAUAUCAUUAAAGUUGAAAAGUCAAGUUAUUGAUAUAAAAUGAGAACCUAUUUUCCAUGAUUGAAAAAUGAAAACGAUUAUUGCUAAUCCACUUUAUAGAAAGUGACUGUCUUGGUGAUCUUAAGAAAACAUGAUCAUAUUGUCCUGUUUCAAAAGAUACGAUGACAUGGAAGUCCAUUGGUUAGAUUAAUAGUACAUUAAUGUUUCUCACCAUAAAGUUUUGGUUUUAAUCUUCAGAAAAUGCAGAAUUAUGCAAAUUAAUGGAGAAAAAAAUUUACAAAAUAUAUGUAGUAUGAUGCAAGAAAUACUGUCAAACGUGAAUCUCAUAUGACUGUUUAUUGAUAUAAAAUGAGAACCUAUUUUCCAUUAUUGAAAACGAUUAUUGCUAAUCCACUUUAUAGAAAGUGACUGUCUUGGUGAUCUUAAGAAAACAUGAUCAUAUUGUCCUGUUUCAAAAGAUACGAUAGUUCAUUGGUUUGAUUAAGGGUACAUUAAUGUUUUUCACAAUAAAGUUUUGGUUUUAAUCUUCAGAAAAUGCAGAAUUAUGCAAAUUAAUGGAGAAAAAUGUUUACAAAAGAUAUGUAGCAUGGCACAAGAAGUAUUGUCAAGCGUGAAUCCCAUAUGACGGUUUAGUUGAUGCAGUAAGUCAGACGUAAAUCCUCAUAAAACAAGUAGAAUUGUCGGUGGUAGAAUCUUCUAUAAUAUUUCUCAUAGUCUGUAAUAACAUAAUAUCCAAAGUUAAAAAAAAGAUAUGAUGUUGUGUUUAAAAGCAUAAAUAUUAGACAUAUUAUUUUGAGCAACCAAAACAUAUAUUUAAAAAAAUAUUAUUAAAUAUAUAAAUUUCAAACAAAUUACCACAUAUAAAAAUUGGCAAUUCUCUCAAAUAAUUCUUUUUAAGUUUUUGUCAUCAAAAUAACCCUUAAAAAAGAAAAAUAAUCAAAAUAGUUUCUUUUUAUUUUGAAAAUUUUAAUCUAUAUUUUUUAUUUAAAAAAAAAUUGAAAUCCCACCUUCAAAAUCUUACCUUUUAACUCUAAACCACAAGUCUAAAUUAUUAACCCUAUAAUAUACGUAUAUAUUUACUUUUUAAUAUAAAAAAAUGGUCAUUUUACAACUUAAAAGAUAUUUUUAUGAAAAUAAACAAAAAAGAACUAUCCAAUGGAAUUUUUCUAUAGAAAUUUGUAGAAUACAGUUAUACAGUUUCCAAUAAAUUAAAUUUCUACAACAUUUAUAUUUUAAAAAGUAAAUAUCUUAUGAAUAAGUACACUUUAAAACAUAGAUAAUAACUUCAUUAAAAAAACAUAGAUAAUAAUUGUUCAGCUGUUAAUUUCAGAACUUAUUUUCUGAAGUUGUUUCUGCCGACAAUUUUAGGACCAAAACCAAACGAGAAUAAUAAAUUAGAAAGCUGCAACUAAACCUUACACUAACUCUAAGGAGUAUACAGACAAUGACAUAGCACUCUUAUUAGAAAGUUAUACAAAUAGAGUGGGCCAAACUAAAAUUCCCACACGCCGCUUAAUUAUUUCCCACGUGAACGAUGAAAAUUAGAGGCUGCUCUCUUCUCUACGCAACACAACUCAUGCACUUGCGUUAUUAUAUAAACAGGUAACUCACUCACGAAAAAUAUAUCAAACAAACCCCAAAGUUCCUAACAAAAUAAUUAAAAUAAAAACCUUGUUCCUAUAUAUAUAUAAGACAAAGACAAUGGCGAGCUCAAGCAUCAUCAAGACCAUUCCAAUAAUGGCCAACCCAAAUUUCAACGUUUGUCACAAGCUCGAGCUCCUCAAGGAAGAAGGCAGAAGCGGAGAGCCGAAGCGCCAAGAAGGAGAAGAAGAAGUGCUAAGCUACGAGUUCCAAGAGAUGUUGGAGUCUCUUCCCAAGGAGAGAGGUUGGAGAACUCGUUACCUUUACCUGUUCCAAGGGUUUUGGUGCCAAUCCAAGGAGAUUCAAGCUAUCUUGUCCUUCCAGAAACAUUUCAAGUCCCUUCAAAACGAUGUCGUUCUGGCCACCAUACCAAAAUCCGGUACGACUUGGUUAAAAGCUUUAACUUAUACUGUACUUAACCGAGAUCGGUUUGAUCCGGUUUCUUCAACCACCGACCACCCACUCCUCACAUCAAACCCUCAUGACCUCGUACCUUUCUUCGAGUACAAGCUUUACGCGAACGGAGAUGUUCCUGAUCUCUCCGGUUUAGCCAGUCCGAGAACAUUCGCAACCCACGUCCCUUUCGGUUCUCUCAAGGACUCCAUCGAGGAACCAGGCGUGAAGGUGGUGUACUUGUGCCGAAACCCGUUCGACACAUUCAUCUCCUCGUGGCAUUACAUCAACAACAUAAAGUCGGAGGCAGUGAGUCCCGUCUCGUUAGAAGAAGGGUUUGACCUGUACUGCCGAGGGGUGAUCGGGUUCGGACCGUUUUGGGAACACAUGUUGGGAUACUGGAAAGAGAGCUUGAGGACACCAGAGAAAGUCUUGUUCUUACGUUACGAAGAUCUGAAACAAGACAUGGAGUCCAACUUGAAGAAGCUUGCAAGUUUCUUAGGCGUUCCUUUCACGGAAGAAGAGGAACAAAAAGGUGUUGUGCAUUCAAUCUCGGAUCUGUGCAGCUUCGAGAAUCUAAAGAAGCUGGAGGUGAACAAGUCAAGCAAAUCGAUCAAGAACUUUGAGAAUAGGCACUUGUUCAGGAAAGGAGAAGUGAGUGAUUGGAUUAACUAUCUGUCGCCACCACAGGCCGAAAGAUUGUCAGCCUUAAUGGAUGACAAGUUAGGUGGUUCUGGUCUUACUUUCAGGUACAACUAAAAUGUGGCCACGUGUUCAUGACGUAUCUACUUUUGUGUCAUUGAUAUGAAGUCAGUACUAAAAACACAACAAAAGUUAAAGGGCAGUUGUUUUGUUGUUACAUAUGGAAGAAUAAAACAACGAAACAACGUCCACUACUUAGUUUGUCGAUUUUUUAAUAUCAAUAAAUAUUAUUGUCCUUGCCAUAAUAUUUUUUUUUUCGUUUUUAUUUCAACUGAGUGGAUGUAUUGAUAAAUAUGUAUAAAUAUAUACAUAUACUUCUAUGUAUGUAUUCUAUAUAUAUAAACUAUGUAUGUACCAGGGGCGAAGCCAGGUUACCCACUAUGGGGGCCUGUGCACCCGCAAUAUUAAUUGAUAAUGUAAUUUUCGUGUAAAGAAACAUAAAAUUUCAGCUAGAACAGAUGGUAAAAUGUUGGUGUGCACCCGUAACAACCAAGGUUCGAUUCUACCUUUUGACAUGUUUCUAUUUUAUUAUAAAGAGUGCACCCAGUCA